GCGCCCGCCUUGCGGAAGUGCCCUCGCCCCCCGAGCCGGAGCCGAGCGAAACCGGAGCGUGCCCAGGGCUGCCCGCCGUUCCCCAGCACCGUCGCUACCGAGGAGCAUGGCAGGGCGGCUUCCGGCCUGUGUGGUGGACUGCGGCACGGGGUAUACGAAGCUCGGAUAUGCCGGUAACACUGAGCCACAGUUUAUUAUUCCUUCCUGUAUUGCUAUCAAAGAAUCAGCAAAAGUGGUUGAUCAGGCACAACGAAGGGUUUUGAAAGGUGUUGAUGAUUUAGACUUCUUUAUUGGAGAUGAAGCAAUAGAAAAACCAACUUAUGCAACCAAGUGGCCCAUCCGCCAUGGUAUAGUUGAAGACUGGGACCUGAUGGAAAGGUUUAUGGAGCAAGUAAUCUUUAAGUAUUUAAGGGCAGAACCCGAGGACCAUUAUUUUCUUUUGACUGAACCUCCAUUAAAUACUCCAGAAAAUAGGGAAUAUACUGCUGAAAUCAUGUUUGAGUCUUUCAAUGUUCCGGGACUAUAUAUUGCUGUUCAGGCUGUCCUUGCCUUAGCUGCAUCUUGGACGUCAAGACAAGUAGGAGAACGGACACUGACUGGCACAGUUAUAGACAGUGGUGAUGGUGUCACUCAUGUCAUUCCUGUGGCCGAAGGAUACGUGAUUGGCAGCUGUAUCAAACACAUUCCAAUUGCAGGGCGAGAUAUAACAUACUUCAUUCAGCAGCUGCUGCGAGAGCGAGAAGUAGGAAUUCCUCCUGAGCAAUCCUUGGAAACAGCUAAAGCAGUGAAGGAACGUUUUAGUUACGUUUGCCCUGACUUAGUAAAAGAAUUUAACAAGUAUGACACAGAUGGUACAAAGUGGAUUAAACAGUAUACUGGAAUUAAUGCUAUCUCAAAGAAAGAAUUUACCAUUGAUGUUGGCUAUGAGAGAUUCCUGGGACCAGAGAUAUUUUUCCAUCCUGAGUUUGCUAAUCCUGACUUUACGCAACCAAUCUCAGAAGUAGUAGAUGAAGUUAUUCAGAAUUGUCCCAUUGAUGUUAGACGUCCUCUGUAUAAGAAUAUUGUCCUCUCUGGAGGCUCAACCAUGUUCAGGGACUUUGGGCGCCGCUUACAGCGAGACUUGAAAAGAACUGUUGAUGCCAGACUGAAACUUAGUGAAGAACUUAGUGGUGGCAGACUGAAGCCUAAGCCCAUUGAUGUACAAGUCAUUACACACCAUAUGCAAAGAUAUGCAGUUUGGUUUGGAGGAUCAAUGCUGGCUUCCACACCUGAAUUCUACCAAGUAUGCCAUACCAAAAAAGAUUAUGAAGAAAUUGGUCCUAGCAUCUGUCGUCACAACCCAGUGUUUGGAGUUAUGUCUUAAAGCUGACCUUGCAGGGGUCAGGAAUACGGAGGAGGGGAGGAGUCUUUCUGAUUACUUGUUUGUCUGAUGGCCGGUAUUAAGAUAACAAACAUGACUUGACAAUAAGGAAAAGACCAAACACAAUUAAAUAAGGUUAUUUUAAUAAGUGUCUCAACAUGCGGAUGUAGUGGAAAGCCAAAAUGAUCACGUUUUUUCUUUAGAUUGAUUAUUUGAAUCUGUGCGUAACAAAGUGGAUUUUAGUUCUUUCUGUGCCCUGAUAUUUUGUAUAUUAAUGAAUUAUCCAAGAUUUGAUGGGAUUUGACAGUGUAUAGAUAGUCAGCUCUCUAAUGCUUCAGUUGUACCCUUUCAUGGGUACAGAGCUGGAGUUUGUUUAUAUUUCUUACUUUUUUAUACUUUGAGGGG